CCAUGCCCUCCAUCUCCAUCGUCGUCACCCCCCUGCCCUCCGCCGCAUUUCUCUUGGCAGACGGUGAGCACUUCAUCUCUGCUGAGAGCACCGCCUGCUUACUUGGUCGUCACGCCACCAGCCAAGUACUUUCUUGGCUACCGGGACAGCAGAAGCUACAAGGAGCCGAGUCGCUUUAUUGCCAGCCGGCACUCCUUUGUGCGACCGUGAACACCUCCGACUGAUGCGCGAUAUUAUCCUAUAGACUAGCUCAAACGCGCCUUCUCCAAGCACGGCCGCACCGGCAGUAGCCUGAGCUACAGCAACCAGCAAUCCGAUACCAUGCCUCCCAGCGACGAUUCGCGACCCAAUGGCCGACCGAGCGCAGACGCAAACGAAAGCACCCCUCUCAUCUCAGCGCCCAACGGACUAUCAUCAAUAACACGUAAUUCAAAUGGAAAGCCAUAUUCUGAAGAUGAGCGAUGGUGGGUGCGGACGCCGUCCAACUUCUUGCGCCUGACUUGGGCCACGUUGGCGAGCAACUAUGUGAACGUGCUCCUGGUCACCGUGCCGGUAGGCAUUGUCCUUGGAGCUUUGGAAAUGAACCCAACUGCGGUCUUCAUCGUCAAUUUCCUCGCAAUCGUGCCGCUGGCCGGACUGUUGAGUUUCGCGACGGAAGAGAUAUCGGUCAAGCUGGGCCAGACGCUCGGCGGACUCAUGAACGCGACCUUCGGCAAUGCUGUCGAACUGAUUGUUUCCAUCGUUGCACUCACCAAAGGCGAGAUCAGAAUCGUGCAAGCUAGCAUGCUUGGCUCGAUCUUGUCUAACCUCUUACUUGUCCUUGGCUGCUGUUUCAUUGCAUCUGGACUAAGACGAGGCGAGAGCAGAUUCAACGAGACCGUGGCCUCCACCAUGUCUUCUCUGAUGGCGGUUGCUGCAACGUCGCUUAUUAUUCCGGCCACCAUGUACGCAGCCCUCGUCCGGAGCACUGAGGACUCGAACACCAACAUCCUCGUUCUCUCUCGCGGAACUUCUAUCAUCAUGCUCAUUCUUUAUGUUCUUUACCUUGUCUUUCAGCUCAAGACCCAUGCGAAGCUCUUUGAUGCCGAAGCACAGGAAGGCGAGGAGGGUGAGGGUCAAAAGGAGCCCGAGAUUUUAGGACCAAUCCCUGCCACCAUCUGCCUCAUCCUCGUAACUGUCCUGGUCGCUGUGUGCGCCGAGUACCUCGUGGACAGCAUCGAUUCUAUCGUGGCAUCUUCCGGCAUCAGCAAGACCUUUAUCGGUCUGAUCCUGUUACCGAUCGUCGGCAAUGCCGCUGAGCACGUUACGGCGGUCGUCGUUGCCUGGAAGGACAAGAUGGAUCUGGCGGUCGGCGUCGCCAUCGGCAGCUCGAUGCAGAUUGCGCUAUUCGUUACUCCAUUUCUGGUCAUGCUCGGCUGGAUCAUCGGUCAACCAAUGUCCCUCCACUUCCAGGGAUUCGAGACCGUGGUCUUCUUCCUCUCCGUCCUUGUCGUAAAUUACCUAAUCCAAGACGGCAAGAGCAAUUACCUGGAAGGCUGCAUGUGCAUUGGCACAUACAUAAUAAUAGCCAUUGCCUUUUGGGUGUAUCCCGAGGAUGCUGGCGAUAUUGGGGAGCUUGUUUCGGGCGUUUUCGGCCAUUGAAAGUAGAUGUCAUUAUUGCGAGCCUUGGAGGAGGGUCUGAAACGAACAGAGUCAGUCAGGCGUUGGGAACAAUAGCACUUGCACCUGAGAAUGCUGGAGGAAGGCUGCAAAGGGCAGCUGGCAAGAUGUCUCCUCCCAUGUUAUGUAUACUAUGCCAGAGAUACACUAUAUUGGUUUCUCCCCCGUCCCUGUGAGGAUCCUGGGGCAGGUUUGUUCUGGAACUUGAGUCUUGUAU